CUUUUUAUGUCCAUGCGCAGGAAAGGUAGGGGGCGCUCUCUCUCUGAACGCAAACAUUUUGUUCGACCCCCUCAAGAUUGGAUUUUUUUACGACAAAUUGAGGGUGUGGACUAGAAACAAGAUAUCUGGGAAAGUUUGAUUGAAAAUCCACUGUGUGUGUAUUUGCAGGCAAUUAAAGGUGACCUGCACAGCAUCAAACAUACCUGAAUGAAAACACUGAAAACCUCUUACGUGAUCCUUUCUCUGAAGACCCCUCUUUCUUAAGAAGUCAUAAUUCAAAGUGCUGCUAUCAGGUUUAGUGUAAGAAGAGAGAAUUUCAGCAGGACAGGGAUGGAUGACAUUUUCACUCAGUGCCGAGAGGGGAAUGCUGUGGCAGUGCGAUUGUGGUUGGACAACACAGAAAAUGAUUUAAACCAAGGUGAUGAUCAUGGCUUUAGCCCACUUCACUGGGCUUGUCGAGAAGGCAGAUCAAAUGUUGUAGAUAUGCUUAUUAUGAGAGGAGCUCGAAUCAAUGUGAUGAACCGUGGAGAUGACACUCCUCUUCAUCUUGCAUCUAGCCAUGGUCAUCGUGACAUUGUCAGCAAGUUAAUACAGUGUAAAGCAGACUGCAAUGCAGUAAAUGAACAUGGUAAUACACCUCUCCAUUAUGCAUGCUUCUGGGGACAAGAACAGGUUGCUGAGGAUUUGCUGGCUAAUGGUGCACAAGUUAGUAUCUGCAAUAAAUACGGAGAAACACCACUGGACAAAGCAAAGCCACACCUCCAGGAACGUCUUAAAGGUCAGGCAGAGAAACUAGGACAGAGCCUUUCCAAGAUCCCAUAUAAGGAUACUUUCUGGAAGGGAACAACUCGAACUCGUCCAAGAAAUGGAACUCUAAAUAAGCAUGCUGGAAUUGACUUCAAACAACUUUCCUUGAGCAACAAAAUUAAUGACAACCACUCUGGAGAGCUCUGGAAAGGUCGAUGGCAAGGAAAUGAUAUUGUAGUUAAGGUGUUAAAGGUUAGAGACUGGAGUACAAGAAAAAGCAGAGACUUCAAUGAAGAAUACCCUAAACUCAGAAUCUUUUCACAUCCAAAUGUUCUUCCUGUUCUUGGUGCCUGCCAGACUCCUCCUACGCCACAGCCAAUCAUCAUCACACAUUGGAUGCCUUAUGGCUCUCUGUACAAUGUGCUUCAUGAGGGAACAAACUUUGUGGUUGACCAGACUCAAGCUGUUAAGUUUGGACUCGACAUAGCUCGAGGGAUGGCUUUUCUGCACACUUUGGAGCCAUUGAUUCCACGUCAUUAUUUAAAUAGCAAAAGCAUUAUGAUUGAUGAAGAUAUGACUGCUCGAAUUAGCAUGGCAGAUGUUAAGUUUUCAUUCCAAUGCCCUGGAAGAAUGUACUCUCCAGCUUGGGUUGCCCCAGAGGCUUUGCAAAAGAAGCCAGAAGAAAUUAAUCGCCGAUCUGCAGAUAUGUGGAGUUUUGCAGUGUUGCUCUGGGAGUUGGUAACACGUGAAGUACCAUUUGCAGAUCUUUCUAACAUGGAAAUUGGCAUGAAGGUUGCACUUGAGGGCCUUAGACCUACCAUCCCACCAGGAAUUUCACCCCAUAUAUGUAAGCUGAUGAAGAUCUGUAUGAACGAGGAUCCUGCCAAACGACCAAAAUUUGAUAUGAUCGUGCCUAUUCUUGAGAAAAUGCAGGACAAGUAAAUACCAACAGUAUUUGGAACACACACCUUCCAGCUUUAAAGUGCCACUUAAUAAGAGCAGUGUCUUGAUAUUUAAUUUACUUUACAUAUUUUGUUUGCUGUAACCUCAGUUAGUGUUACUAACUCAAGUGUACAGCAGUAAGGGAUGCAAGUUACAAAAGGAAAAAACACUUGAACAUGAAUGGAAUGUUUGAUAAUUAAGGAUUAAGACUUCUGCCACUGUGAAAAAGCCGGUGUGCCUUUUUUUUUUUUUUUUACUAAGACUAUUUAUCUUCUGUUUUGCUUUUUCUUUUUAAAAGUCACAAUCACCCUUUUCACUCACCUCUAUUUAUAGCAAGUAUUCUAUGAAGAUUACAUGUUUUACAGAAAGACAAGUAUAACAUCGCCAUGUUUACUUUUUGGCGGGGUGUCUUGUAUUUUGUAACCUGUCCUAAACACUCAGUUUUUGCUUUUUAUAAUUUUAAUGUCUUGUAUCUUUAUGCCAAAGCCUGCCCUAUCUCAGAUCAUUUUGGAAGAAGUAAAAGAAAAAACCUAUUAUGGUCAUGUGCAUGUGAUCAAAUAUAAUUAAAUUAUUUUCUUUAUAACAACAGCAUAUAUACAAAACUGUAUAAAGAUAGAUAUGUUAUUCUUUACACACAUUUUGCAUUUAUUGUACUAUAUCACUGAAGAAAGAUACUUUAGUUUAUAAAGUACAGUUUUAUUUGACUGAUGCAUUGGUGUGCUUUCCUAUAAUAGACACAAUUCUGGUUUAUAUACUGUAUGUAUUUUUAUUAAAAGUAUGUCAACAAUAAAUAUAUAUACUGUAAGU